AUGGCCAUCAAUGGGCAUGUUAUUACCUGCAUGGAGGACCUUCCAGAGGAGAUCCGAACUGGGAAGCCAAGCGCUUGUUCCAGUGCUUGUCAAUCUGUUUUUCCAAGCUUCGCCUCGUACUGGUGGCAACCUACAGCUAUGAUGUCACGAGCUCCAUAUGGUUACAGGAUACACGUUCCAGCCGAAGAGCAGGGCCACAUGUUUUUUAGCAACUUUAUCAGCAUGGUCAAGGUGGCGAUGAUGGAGGAAGCUUCUGCGCAGGAGGUGAUUUUUGCAAAUGACCCGCAGGUGAAAUUCGAUAUUCUGCGAGGCGGCUCUCGUCUUCGACGGGCAACUCAAGAAGGCCCAGACGCUUUGGCAGUUGAACUGCAAACCUUCACACAAGAGUUGGAAAAGAAGACCUUCCUUCCAGUGUCUUCAGACAUGGCCCACAUGCAUCAUGUGGGGUUGCACCACUCGGCACAAAUGCCUACUCCGCUAACGGACCAUGAAAUGGUCAGCCAUUUGAUGCAGAUCUUCGUUGAGGAACUCGCAAUCGGAGUGUCCCUGCCACUUUGGCGUGCUGUUCGAGAGGGAAACCUGGAGGACUGCCAACACCUUUUGCAAGAUCAAGCCGAUCCCAACCUGUCUGAUGGCAAAGGGACAACAGCCCUUCACAUUGCAGCUGAAAGUCGCUCCACACAGGUCCUUCGGCUUUUGCUGGAGCAUGGCGCAUCGAGCACCGCUAAAGACCAUCGGGGACGAACACCAGCACAUUGUGUGACGUUGAGCCAGGACCCCAAGACUGAAGAACUUAUCGAGCUUUUUAUGGAGGACUCUGCAUCUUUGCAAGUGAAAAACAAAGCCGGUGUUUCUGUCUUUGAGCGAUUCUACCUUUGGUCCUUGAGUGCACUGGAUGGGGAGCCAUUUGAACCUCUAUCAACCCGCCUUCGAAACUACGCAGGCUCUCAUUUCAUUCCUGGUUUGCCAGAGCUUUGGCAUGUCGGAGUCCAAUCUUUGGGUUCUGCAUGUCCACGUUCCUUAGACUCUGUGGUGGACCAAGUCCGACGAAUAAACAUCAAUGGGACGAUGCGCACAGUGCACGUGCUAGUACCUUCGCACACGACAAAAGAACCUUUGCUCUACCUGGGCUUUGGGCGUCUCCUGCCCUGGUCACUGCAGGAGCCUGCCAUGAAGAUGCUGGCCUACGAACAGGGCUGUGAUAUUUUUUGCAUUGGAUGCGAAGCGGUGCUUCCAAAUCUUUUGGAAGAAGAUACUGAAGACCCUGAGCACGAGGGAGAGGCUUUCUACAAUGACCUUUUCCACUUGAUAGAUGCUCUUCCACUGACCUACCGCUUCUACUUAUGUGAUAGCACCUAUGGCCUUGCUUUGCCAGUGCUGUGGAAGCUCUGGGACCGUCUUAGUGGGGUCUUGGCCAUAAACCCCAGCUGGAUUUUCAAUGCCAACACUACGAAUGACGUGACGGAGCACAUCUUCAGCCGAGCCGCAAAGCUGUCAGAUAUUGCUAGGCACCGUGAUGUGAAGAAGUUGAGCAAAAUGCUUUGUGACUUCUCCAUCGCACCCUCCUUGGCAAAAGCAUAUUUCUCUUUGCCGCAGAGUGAUCAGAAUGGAGUUGCAGAAUUGAUGGAUUCUGCGAUGCACAGGCAGUAUGAAUCGGCCCUGAGCACCGCUUCCGAUUCCUUCUGGAAGAUGGGUGUAUUGCAGCCAACUUGGACCGUGAGGAAACUGACACAGGUCCUGAAAACAUUGCCUCCCUGGCAGCCACCAAGGUCAAUCUAUGUUAUUCUGGCUUGCGGGAGCCAUUCACCAGUGGCAGCGGUUCAAAAUGCAGCAUACAAUCUUCAGGAGCUCAUGCCCGGGUCCAUGCAAGUGUACCUUCCCCAUUGCAGCUGGCUUUGGCAUAUUGAAGGCACUAGGCCGGUCUUAGAGACCAAUGAGCUUCUCGGAUUCUUGAGGGAGGAUGGCACCGCCACAGCUUCCUUGACGUCCAUGUUGAUGCGAAAACGAAGGGACUUGGAGUCGGGAAAAACAAGUCCAACAAGAAGACAGUGA